AUAUGGCGGCCCCGAAAUAGUGUCGUCACGUACAUUCAACUAGAAUAUACCUUGAAAAUCACGCCAAAAGGAGAUCAGUCAAGUCAGAUCAAAAGACAGCUGGCAUUUAUGUGGAAUAACGUUUUAAUCGGUGCAAAUUUUUACUCGAAUUUUACAGUCCAGGUGAAUUCAUGAUGGCAAGGAACGGAAAAGUUCAUCCGAUCGCGGUCGGCAAAGGGGACUUCGAUCGUGGUCGUGAUUUAGAGAUGAACCACAUAAAUCACGUCGAAAGCUCCAGGAGGAAAGAUUCACAAGGAAACUGGAAGUUUGUUUCGAGAAAGGUUUCUGCGGUUUCACGAUGGAAAGGUUAUACGCGUUCAAUGAGGGAAAGUCCGAAGAAAGAAUAUCAAGGGAUCUACAGACGGAUCCAAUCGCUAACGGAACAAUCUUGUGUCUUGGACAGCGAUGUGGAGGAUUUAGGGCACGAUCGAUUGGCAAUGUAUGACACAAAUGUAUACAUGAAGCCUAUGCCUACAGUAAACAAAGGAGAACCCGUCAAUCCAGCGAUAGCAGCCAGCCGAGCCUUGAUAAUAUACUUUGCAAAGCUAGCGCGUGCAAGCAUAGAACAUGAACAGGAACUAGACUUCGAGUUUAUUCAAGGUCUUCUGGGAGAGGGGGCCGAUGUGAACUUUACUGAUCGCCAUGGACAGACAGUUCUACACGAAGUAGCUCGAAUUUGGCAUGUAGAUGUGGCUAAGUUUAUUAUAGAAAACGGCGGAGAUGUGAACAAGACAGAUGAUUAUGGAAGGUCUCCCCUGCACGUGGCUGCAGCAGUUGAUUAUCCAGAAAUGGUGGAAUUUCUUCUCAACAGUAAAGGUUAGAUAGCCUCAUAUGUCCUGUAAAAUAUUCACCUGCUAAACAGUAGUGCAGCAAUUUUUAUUUGUUUUGUUAAACAAAACGUAGUGUUUGCAAUUGAGAUAAAAAUACAUGUACCCCCUUGACAAAACACACGUAAAACACGUUAUGCCUUGGAGAUAUAUUUCUCAUCAGUACAGACAUCUACAUAAUACAGUCACCCCACUGUUAGAGAUAUAAAACUCUCUUGGCAGGAUACCGAAGGAUGUACAAUGCCUGCCUCUAUAAUAUGCUCUAGUGUUGUACCCUACCCAUGUAGUUUCUUAUUUAUAUUAAGCAUAGAAUGAGAACUAUAUCAUUGUGAUUGUUUCUUUAUUUUCACAUGUCAUUGGAAUCACUUAAUGCCCUUCUAUUAUCUUUUGUGUACAGAGCCAAUCAAUGAAUGUGAGAGAGGUUUCAAAAAUCCGAAUUAUCUUAAAUCUGGGGGAGGGGGGUACUUGGGUUAAUUUUUUCUGGGUAUUUGUGGCUGGCCUCUCAGAGCCCCUACCCCAUUAUAGUCUAUUCUGUGUCCAAUUAUAGACCCUAUCUUAGUCACUUUUGGGCAAAUGUAAUUUUGAUGUUCCCAACUUAGUCACUUUUGGAUCAAUUUAGGUUUCUGGGAAACUGCCCACCUACCCCUGCCCCAAGGUAACAUUUUGCCUUAGAUAAAAAGUAAGUGUUAAUGUUAGCUUAAGCUAGGGAGGGGUAGGUGGGCAGUUUCCCAGAAACUUAAAUUGAUCCUCACUUUCUAUCUAUGUAUCUACCUUAUAUUGAAUGAAGAAGACUUCACUUUUCACCUACAGUACAAACAUUCUGGUACAUUCGCUAACUGUAAAUGUGAAGAACUUUCUUACCCCAAAAAUCCGAAAAUGUGUGACCCCAUUCUAGUUACUCUAUUGAAAAUGCAACCCCAUUAUAGUCAAUCCAGUUGUGAAAAUGCAACCCCAUCCAGCGGCACAUCCUCAUUAGCCUCUUAUAAGGAACCCCCUCCCUCCGGGCACAAAAUUAUGAUAUCAGUAUUAAAUUGCACCCCUCUGUGAUGCUGGGUAAAAUACACCUCUCCCUUCCAUUCAACCCUUCCAUUGUUGACGUUGGGGAGGGAAAGCCAGUGUAGGCAACUUCAUUGUCAUUCCUUGGUGUGCAUAAUAAUGUGAUAUUUUCUUACAGCUGAUCUUCAUGCCUGCACAUACGGGGAGGAACAGACACCCACUCACUAUGCUGCCAAGAAUGAUGCAGCUAAAUCCCUCAAGGUUCUUCUUAAGCUCGGUGGUGGAAUGGAAGACAGGGAUUUCAAACAGCGCACGCCCUUGCAAGUUGCUGCUGAACUUGGUAUGUCCUGUCAAAUUUUGUCUUUCCCAAACUUUAUCAGUUUCCCAUAAACAUAGUCAAGAAACACCACAUGGAACUCCACUCACAGAAGGAGCAAGGGUAGGGGAGCAACGGCUCUUUGUCAAUGCUCAUAAGCUUGGUCACGUUUAUGUGGUUAUAGCCAAUAGACCAACAAAAUACUGGUACAUCAGCCCAAGUUUGCUCACACAUUGCUAAAGCGAAAUUGCUAGAGCUUAUUAAGGGUUGAUCUUUUGGCUUUUCUUCCUAGUAAUAGAAGUGACAGCUUUUCUUCUCUAAGUGUCUUGGGUUCUCUACAAACAGCAGAUGCUAGUGGUGAAAGGGGUUUCAGUGAGUUGGGGUUCUUAGGUUCGGGGAGAUAUUUUCUUCUUGAGUAACACCCCAUUGAGGUAUCAACCUCAACAAUGUGAUACCUAAGUCUUUUCUCCCCACCCCAACCCCCCAUCAGCCCGUUUGGCUUCUAUUCUCUCAGAAACAGUAGAGUUUGCAAUAUAUGGCAGUGCACAGGAUUCUCUAAGUAGCAUCUCCUGCGGGAAGCGCUGUUCAGCGUGCUCGCGUGUGUGUUGCUGCCUCUACUAUCUCUGAGAAAAGUAUAGGAUAACUAAUGCCGCUCAAUUGCCCUUGCAAAUUUCUUACGAAUUUGCCUCUCUCCACCUCUAGAUCGUUCAGAGACGGCCAAAUAUUUAAUAGACCAAGGAGCUCUCGCAGGUGUCCAAGAUAAUGCGGGCAGUUCAGUGAUGACCUUCAUGAUUUCCAAAAUGCCGCCUGUAGCUAAAGAAGCGUUGGAUCAGUUCCACACAACAAACCGAGGCAACAGACAACAGUAUUUCUACCUUAAUCACUUGGAGCCUUACCUCAAGAACGACGAAGGCCAAUACAUCUCUUGCGCACGCUCACCUCUACACGCUGUCGUGCACUUUAAACAAAUGGAACUGAUUAUGCAUCCUGUUUUCAAACGGCUGAUCGAGGUAAAAUGGGACCAGUUUGGUCGGCGCGGAACGAUGAAGAAUAUCUUCAUACACGCGUUCUUUGUGGUUUUGUGGACAGCGCUGGGUGUUACUCUUCACAUGGGUGAGGAACCUGGCGCGGAUUAUUACUAUCCUAUCACUAAGUACUGGUGGCGCGUCGUCCUCGAAACGUUAGCCUGCUGCAUGACUUUGUAUUUUAUCUGCGUUGAGUUUCUGGAGAUCACUGCCUCGAAGAAGGCUCAUAAAAGAUGGCAGACGUGGCGGAUUGGGGAGCUGGAUAAAGACACACAGUACUGUCAUCCGCGCUGGCCUGAGGAGAGAAAGUAUCUUGACAUGGAACGAAUUGAUAUCGCCGAGUCUGGCAUUUCCUAUUUCAAUGACGCGUGGAACUAUUUCGAUUGGGUGACGUACGCUUGGAUUCUAGGUAUCAUAGUUACUAGAAUUUUUGCUGUUGCGCUGAAAAACGAGAUGGCGCAUUCGCUGCAUCCUAAAGUGUUCGCGAUCGCGUUGAUUUUUAUCUGGCUGCGACUCAUGAAAGUGUUUCGCGGGUUUGUCACUCUAGGACCUUUCAUCGUUAUGAUCGGUCACAUCAUAGAUGACACGCUGAAGUUCGGCUUUCUCUACUUCGAAAUCUACGUGCCAUACGUUUGCGCGUUCUGGAUCGUAUUUGGCGGAAGUAAGAACGCGGCGAUCAUGGAACAAAACGGACAGGACAGCAAAGGCUGGAAGGAUUUUAACGACCUGAUGUAUUCCGUGUGGCAGUUAACGGUCGUAGGGAAUUACCCCUGGGAUUCUCUUCUCGUAGUUGAUCGACUCAUGGCGCAGAUUCUAUGCGGGACUUACCUCGCGGUGUCCGCUAUUGUGAUGUUAAACCUGUUCAUUGCUCUGAUGUCGGACACGUUUCAGCGUGUUUAUGAUAACGCCAAGGCCAACGCGGCCAUGCAACGCGCAAGUACGAUUUUAGCCAUGGAGGAGAACAUGGGAGAGAAGGAGCGGGAGAAAUACCGGAGACGUAUUCAUCAACGAUUCGCCCCGGAGGUAAAGUGCUAUGAAGAUCCUCACAUAGUCUAUAAAUCCUUUGAUUUCCAACUUCAGAAACUUUAGGGAGAAGUGGUACAAGUUUUUGGGUGCAGUGAUUUCUGGGAUAGUUCGGGUGGACAAGCGGUAAUUUGAUUGGUCGAUGAUAUUCGGCCUUCAAGGCAUCCACUAACCAAUCAUAAGUAAUGCUUGUCCCCAGAAAUCUUUGCUCCGAAAGCUUGUACCGGUUCUCCUUAGAGUUUCUGGAGUCGGGAAUUUCCUUGAGCACUCAAUACACCAUCAAUACCCAUUUUGAAUUGCGGUCGUUUCGCCUACGGUCUGUUCGCUCACGUCUAGAGUCGAUUCGCCUACGUCUUAAAAUCCUUUCGUGCACUAUGACAAUCAUUAUAUAAAACAGUUGAUUCAUCUACUCGAUUUGCAAUCGGAGUCGGAGUCAGUCGAUUCAAUUCGUAAAGAUUACCCGUUUUCAGUCAUCCAGACUCGGAGAUAAGUGGGGCCCGGUCUCAAAAAAAACUUUUUUUUCGGCCCUUCAGGCCUCAUUUUGCUCUAAAAAUAAGGCCCCACCCCUCUGGAUCCGCCACCGCCACGACUAAGAGGGUCCCAAUAGGUUUUUCGGGAUUCGGGAUUCGGGAUUUUAAAGCAAAAUUGGGUGGGGGGAGGGCGAGGUUGUGAUUCGGGAUCGAAGGUACGCGCGGGAGGUGGAAUUGACCACUACAGAAAAUAACACAACAUACAAUAACACUCUUUGUUGGUCACUCCAAAAUUUUGCGUAAGCAUUGUCUUUAGUUUCUCUUGGGAGUUAAAAUGGCCCCAAGAGAAACUGAAAACAAUGCUUAUGCCAAAUUUUGGAGUGACCAACAAAGAGUAUUAUGUUAUGUUAUGGUAUUUUCUGUUGUGUCAAUGCCAAAAACAAACAUCGGGAUUGCGGGAUUGCACGAAAAUUAGGCUCGGGAUGACGGGAUUGAAGAACCCUAUCGGUGACACUCGAUUAAGGCGUGGUUUGUUUUAAAUGUACAAUUAUGUUUGAUUUUACAUGCUUAUGAACGUAUUUUAUUUGACUGACAGGAAAUGUACUACGAUGACGACUCUACUCAACCUGGCAGCGGAACUCUAGAGCGCAUGACACACCAGAUCAAGGAAGUUGUCGAUGAGGUGUACGAAAUACUGGAGGGGAAAAAAGGUUCUACAGUUAAGAUGGACAAGAAUGUAGCAAAAGAGAUUGAACAGUAAGUGUUGUCUUGAACUAAGUGCAAUUGAGGUUUGCCGCAAACAAGCAACAGGUGUCAGUAACGGGUUAAACAACAACAACAACAACAAUCCUUAAUAAAUUUCAUGCAACAAGUUACAGUUGUCUUGUCCACACGAUUAGCAAAAACGCUAUUCUAGGGGGACAAUAAUAGUUUGCAAAUAAAACACCACCUCCGAACUACAUUAUGUAUUGGUAGUUAAUGAUGAAAGAAGGAUUAAAAAUUUCAAGCGAUGGAAAAAAAACUAGUUGCACGAGACACACCUAAAACAAGUGUAACCGAGAACCGUUAAAAGAGUGCCCUCUCGUUGCUUGAUCCGUACAAAUUAAUUGGGGAUCAUUUGGGGGUCGGCGUGAAGAGAGACGGGGAUCAUUUCAGGGUCGGUAUCAUUUCGGGGUCGAAUUGCGGAUCAUUUCAGGGUUGGGAAUCAUUUCGGGGUCGGGAUCAUUUCGGGGGCUUUACAGAUCGCUUGUAGCCAUCCACGGAAAAUGCAUUUCGUUAUAAGUCGAUCGCGUGACAGAGUAUUCCACUGAUCUGUGAGUAUUUUGGCAGAAUUGUCCAGAAAGGGGACCCGGGAAAAAGAGGGAGGUGGGCUCUCAGACCAAUUCCUAUAGAGUCUACCUGGGACGUGAUACCGUGUGUAGCCUGAGUUGCAGGCGGAGUUUCUGGCGAGAGAAACGCGAGGGGCGCGCGACUGCCGCGCACGCUAUACCAUGUGGUAAAAUCAAAACACUUUUAACACCGUGAUGUACAUGUAAAGUUAGAAGGUCUUUCGACUCAUACUGAAGUUCCUUGCAGAAAACACACGCUAUUUAUUAUAAAUGAUUUAUUUAUUUCAUAUAACUUUUCAGAUUGAGGAGCGACCUUGCAGAAGUCUCCGCCCGCCAUGAACAGACAGUUAAAGAAAUGAGGAGCGAAGUAGCGGAAGUGAAGGCGCUGUUGACUCGUGCGUUACAAUACGGCCCUGUUCCAUCACUUCCGGCCGUCUCUUCUGUGCGGUCAUUGCAGCCUCAGUCACCGCAGCAGGUUAUCUCUGGCGAUACACGAUCUCCAUCCAAGAGAUCGGCAAGCAGUCGAUCUCACCGAAAGAAACAUCGCAGACAGCUCGAUUUCCGAAGUGAUGAUGAAGAUGGUGGCCGUUACCAGGGGCUACCACUGACCGAUGAUGAAGCACCAAAUGAAUUGCCUAGUGUUAGCGUAUUGGCAUCACGGGCUCACGCGAGUCGCAAGCGAGCUAAAGAAGAACAAGACCAAUCUGAAAUGAGACGACCCCAAGUCGAUUAAAAAAUCUUUUCAGUAUUUGUACCGACGUCCCCCUCCCCUCAAAAAAAAUCUCCCCGUUUUUUUCUGAGGGGAGGGGGGUGUCUGUACUGAGGCUAAAUUUUUAAAGUUUGUUCAUGAUAUUAUUAUCCCAUUGUCACAUCAUUCAAGAAUCAUGACGUUGAAAUAUUAGUUUUAAGUUAUUUGUAUAUGAUGUGAAUAGUGUAAUAUACCUAUUUUUAAAUUAAUUGUAGCUAUCUUUUGUACCAAGGAGAUACAUAACUUUCCGAGUUUGUUAGGACA